AUGGACAAGGUUUCUGAGGUCCGACCUUCGGCAUGUCUGCCUCUGAUACAGUUUUUGAUUGUGCUGUCAUCCGCAGCUUUAGGAUUGUGUUGUUUAGAAGACGUUCGUCCAGGGACUUGUACUUGUACACCUUUUGGCCGUAAUCAAACUCGUGUGAAGUGCUCUGGAAUUACUCAAGUGCCUGAUGAUUUGCCAUCAAAUACAGUGCAAUUGAAUCUUUCAGGUAACCAUCUGAUGUUUAUCAAAGAGGACGCUUUCGCAAACCUGACGUUGCUUAAGGAUGUCUUAGUACGCUUUAAUAGACUAUCUUUGAUUGACCUGAAACUUAUUUUGAAACAUUCCAAGAGAAUCAAAAAUUUAGAUAUAACUGGAAAUCCGAUCGGACCUAACUUGACAGAAGACACUUUUGAAGGCUGUGAAAAUAUGAUCUUUCUAUAUUUGAGAGAAUGUGGACUAAAGCAUAUUGAGAGCGGAACCUUUAAAUCGAUGGAGCAAUUAACUUACCUGGACCUUACUUUCAACAUGUUGUCUCGUAUGGAGCCGGGGACCUUCAAAGGACUUUCUGAUAAUCUUCACCAUUUGUAA